AUGACUAUAGAUAAAUUGGCAUUUGAAGGCCAAUUAGAAAAUGUUUUAGAGAAUUAUUCCAACAGUUUAAAUAAUGAAAUUAAAUCACUAGCCCAACUGCAAAGUUUGCAAACACAUCUAGAAAAUGAUCAUGCUUUAUAUUUAAAAGAACUAAUGGAUUAUAUUAACAACACAGUUAUCGUUGAAGAACGUAAUUUUAGUAGAGAUUUGGAUUUACAAAGAACACAACUGUCAAGUACUUUAUCAAAGUUUCAUCAAACGUUAAGAAUAGGACAAUUGGGGAAGCAAGCUGAAAACGCCUUGAUAGUGAAAAAAAGUCUACAGACUUGUCAGGAUCAAUUAAAUUCAGUAAAUUACACUAUGAAAUAUGUCGAUAAAGUAUUGUAUAUUAAAUCUAUUAUUAAUAAAAUCAAUUUUUAUUAUAACAACAAAAAUUGGUUUCAAGCUGCAAAAUAUUUAAACGAAUUAAAUAAUAAGCAUAUAGACGAGCAAAUUUUAAACACUGAGUUUGUUAAAAAAGUAAUUCCCACAAGUGAUAUUCCAGUAGAACCUUUAUCUUUUAUAAAUGAAAAAAAAACAGAAAUUUUUCAAAUUGCUAAGGAUAAUUUUGAAAAAUAUUCAAAGAAAUUAUCCAUCAAUAUUGAAAAUACUAGCAAUACUGAACAAGAUUUAAAAGAAUUAACUACAAGCUUUCAAAUUUUCCCCUUGGUGGGCCAAUAUCAGAUUGGUUUAGAUCUAUACUCCAAGUACAUCUGCGAUAUCAUAAGUGAUAAAAGCAGGGAAAUUGUUGUUUUACAAAGUGCACCAAUUCCAACAAUGCUUUUACUUUUAUUCAAAAUGUGCUCUUUGAUUAUUAAUGAACACUCUUCCAUAAUAUUUCAAUAUUAUGGUGGUAAGUCGAUGACUUAUGUUAUGUCUAAAUUAGAAAAGGAAGUUGAUUUGCAAGCGUCUCUUAUAUUAGACAUGUUUAUGGAAAAAUAUCGGAAUACUGAUUCCGAUACCAUUGUGAUCCAAUUAACUAAAGUAUUAAAUAAUUGGACAAUGUAUGCAAAAUUUUUCAGUAUCAAAUGGGAUGAAUUCGUGACUAAAAGUAAAGUGAACGACACUGAUAAUACUAUUGCUCGUCCACAUAAGCUAAUGCCUCCAGAAUGUAUAGCGAAUGGACAUUUUUCUGUAAAAUUAGUACCUGUCAUUAAAGAAUAUCGUGAUAAUUUACAAAAUAUAAUUAAGGUAAAUAUAACCAAAAUUAACAGUUUAGAAGAAUUGCCUGACUUAAAUAAAUAUAUUUCAUCAUUUCAACAAUAUGAACGUGACAAUGAUGAUAGUGAUUUCCCUAUCUCUUCACUAAUCGAUGAUUUUGUAUUAGUUAUGAAAAAAUAUUUUGUUAUUAUAAUUAAUUCUGGUAUAAUUGAGUUGGUGGAUAAUUUUUUUGGUGAUUUUUUUUAUAAUACCGUUAUUAAAAUAUUAAUUUUGCAGAAAAUUGAUACCACUUGUUCCCAAAAUCCUAUAAGUCCAUGCUAUUUGACCAAAUUUGAACCCAGAAACAAUGUUAUUAUAUCUGGUUCUAGUUUAAAAAUUUAUACCAGUGCAUCUGAUAACUUAAUAAAAAGCAAUAAUAAUACUUUAUCUAAUAAUAAUACUACAAAUAACAACGGUAAUACUACUAUUACUACUACUACCACUAAUAAUAAUAAUAAUAAUAAUAAUAAUAAUAAUAAUAGUAACAGUAUGGAAUCUUCUUUGUUUGGUGCAGGAAACUUUAAAAAUGCGUUAAGUAGUAUUCAGGCGUACGCUUCAGGAUUUACUACAUCUAGUAAUUUAGCAACAAAUUCUUUAUUUAAUAAUAGUGGUGCAAAUGGCUCCAUUGUUGCUGAUGAAAUCACCAGCAAUGAAAACAUGUUUUAUUUCCACAGACUUUUGGUUUAUAGUAAUACCAUUAGCUUUUUAAAUAGUUCAAUGGAAAAAUUAUUAAUUCAAGAAUUGUUCAGUACUAACGUUUUUAAAGAUAAUUAUCCCUUUAAUGACGAUGCGAGUAAGUUGCAACAGUUGGUUAAGAAUACAUAUGUUUUGAUAAGCAAGGAUUGCAAUUCUUUAAUAAAAACUUAUGCUAAUAAGAUAUUUGAAAUUGGGUUACAGUCGGCAUGCCACGCAUUGAGCAAAUUACUUUUUAACAAUGGUACAAAUAAUGAUGAACCAUCUGAUGUAAUAUCUGGUAAUACUCUAGAUACUGCCAAUAAUAACGAUGGUAAUACUUUUGCAUCAAAAAAUAACAGUAUUCCACAAAAAAACAACGUUAACGAUAAUAACACUAAAUACACGUAUUGUUGUACAGCAACUGAUUUUGAAGAUAUGAGUUUGAUCGCGGACUUUUUGAAAUACUGGAAUAUCAUUAUACAACCAUAUAAAAAUGUUUGUCAUGAUCCAGUGUAUAAAGAAAUUUUAAUUAAUGUGGUGGACUAUUUUAUAAAUAAAGUUUUGACUCCUAAACUCUGGAAUAUUAAAAAAUGUAAUGAAUUAGGGGCAUUAAAAUUAGAAAAGGAGUUGAGCUUAUUUAUAUCUACUGUAUGUGAUGGACAUUUCAGUUUAAGAGAAAGAUUUACAAAACUGUCGCAGUUAGUUUUAAUUUUAGGCUUUGAAGAUGAAGAUUUUGACAAUAGUACUGAUGGCGAUAUUAGAAAUGAAUUAAAAGACAGCAUUACCUGGGUUAUUACCCCAGAGGAAAGAAUUAAGAUCAGAAAAGUUAGAGUAUGA